AUGAACCCUCGACUUGAAUUUUACCUUCGCCCCAGUGGACGCAUCAACCUGCGUCUCAACAACUUCACCUUCUACAAACAUUUGAAGGCCAGGACCAACGCCCAUCGUUGGAGCUGCACCGCCUACGGUUCCAAGUGGAAGUGUAAGGCCCACCUCAUCAUCACAGACAAACUUGAAGUCCUUAAAGCCAACAUCACCCACAGCCACCCGCCUUCGAAGAAGAAGCCUGACGGUGUCAAGCAGACCGGUACCAGUGCUGGAAAACUGAAGGUCUUAACUCAGAGCGAACUAAAUAAUAAAUCUUUUAAAGCUGGUCCUGGUAACCGUCUGCCAAAUCCUUUCCAUAGUGAAAUGAAUGGACAAGCUCAUUUUGUCGACGCAAACGAAAUGAAUGGAGGAUCUUCAAACAGGGUUCGCGUGAAGCAAGAAAGUGAUCUGGAAAACAUGGCAUACUUUAACUCUCUCACGCCACUACAGGAUUACUUAGUAGCUCACAGUGUCUUUACCGACUACUAAACGUAGAAAAUUUAUAGUUUUUGUGGCUGUACGCUUUUAUCUAAUAAUUUCAUAUCAUUGGUAGCUCCUAAGACUUGUAUUCGAUAUUCCCUAGCAUUUAUAUUCGAUAUUAUGCAUUUAUACGAUGGCAUUUAUACCUUUUUAAAUUACAAAUUAGUAGUGAGUCAUUAUUAGAAAUUUUUCCUUGCCUUAGCUUUGAUGUAAUCAUUCGUGUUUACCACUGAGAUAUCAAAAAGUGCCUUUUGUAGAUCGUGUCUUUAAGAUAUUAUAUCUUUUAUACCGUUUUAGAAUGUAGAUGAAUUUCACGUUAGUUUUAUAGCAAUAGUAUUGUGUGAUAUUUUUUCGAUAACAUUUGUGACAAAACCAGUAUUAUACAGUAAUUAGUAUUAAGUAACACCUACGUAGUUAUUAUUACCAUUUUAAGACUGCAUGCUUGAUGUAUGUGAUAUAAUUUGUGUAUCUCAUGUUUUAGAUCUCAUAUUUUAUCCAUUUAUUGAAAUUUCGACUGCGUAGUUUUGAAACAUAUCGAUGUGUUAGGCUAAUUUAGCGUUGUAGUUACUAUUACCAUUUUUAUUGUACUCAUUACCAUUUUGCCUGCUUAUUUUAGUGAUAAAUUGUGUGUCUUUUAUUUUUUUAUUUCAAUAAAAUUUUACAAA